UUUAUAUAGCUUUUAUACAUUUCGUCUCCGAAUUCCUCCAACAAAUAGUAUUGAGAACUGUGCUGGUGUGGAAUUUAAAGAGUUUUUUUGCCCAUGGAGAUUUGAAGCAAAAUUUGCGCAGACGUGGGCAUUGAGUGCCUGCGACUAGGCAGGCGGCAGGAUGUCUGAACUUGGAGACGCCGAUACUAUACGAAUCCUAGUUGCAACAGACAGCCAUGUUGGCUACGAGGAAAGAGAUCCGAUCCGCAAGGACGACAGCUGGAAGAGCUUCCAUGAAGUUCUGACCCUUGCGAAGACACAAGAUGUCGACAUGGUUCUCCUGGCGGGCGAUCUUUUCCACGAUAACAAGCCCUCCAGAAAGGCUAUGUACCAAGUCAUGCGCUCUCUUCGGAUGACCUGCCUGGGCGAUAAACCAUGUGAGCUCGAGAUGCUGAGCGAUGCAAACGAAGUCUUUGAUGGGGCAUUUAACCACGUCAACUACGAAGAUCCCGAUAUCAAUGUCGCCAUACCAGUCUUUUCUAUACAUGGAAACCACGAUGAUCCGUCCGGAGAUGGACACUUUUGCUCGCUCGAUCUUCUGCAAGUCUCAGGGCUUCUGAACUACUUUGGGAGGACGCCGGAGUCGGAUAAUAUUGCUAUAAAACCGGUUCUACUGCAAAAAGGACAAACAAAACUGGCAUUAUAUGGCAUGAGCAAUGUCAGAGAUGAGCGGCUGUUCAGAACUUUCAGGGACGGGAAAGUGACGUUCUUUAAGCCUGGAGUGCAACAGGAUGAUUGGUUUAACAUCAUGGCCGUCCACCAAAACCACCAUGCUCACAGCGAGACGGGAUAUCUGCCGGAAAACUUCUUGCCCGAAUUUAUGGACCUGGUCGUUUGGGGACAUGAGCACGAGUGCCUCAUUGAUCCAAAGUAUAACCCUGAAACCUCAUUCCAUGUCAUGCAGCCCGGUUCGUCAGUUGCUACGUCCCUGGUUCCAGGAGAAGCUGUACCAAAACAUGUGGCAAUCUUGAACGUAACUGGCCGAGAAUUUACCGUCGAAAAGCACCGUAUCAAAACAGUACGGCCGUUCAUUACGAAAGAGAUCGUUCUCGCUGAUGACAGGCGUUUCAAAGGCCUGGACAAGAAGAAGGAAAAUAAGCAGGAGCUCACGCGGCGACUGAUGGAGGUUGUCGAAGACCUAAUUGAAGAGGCAAAACGUGACUGGCUGGAAAUCCAAGACGCGGACAGCGACGAGCCAAUCGAGGUUCCCCUUCCUCUCGUGCGCCUCAAAGUCGAAUACACGGCCCCCGAGGGCGGACGUUACGAUUGCGAAAACCCACAGCGCUUUUCCAACCGUUUUGUUGGCAAGGUUGCCAACGUAAAUGAUGUUAUCCAGUUCUGGCGGCGCAAGAGCAGAGGUGGCGCGAACAGCAAGAAGGAUGGCGCGGCCGACAUGCCUGAGGAGUCCGUCAUAGCCAAUCUGUCCAUCGAUAAUGUCAAGGUCAGCAAGCUCGUUCGAGAGUUUCUCAACGCGCAGAGCCUCAAGAUCCUUCCUCAGGCGCCUUUCGGCGAUGCCGUCAGCCAGUUCGUGGACAAGGACGAUAAGCAUGCCAUGCAAGUCUUUGUGGAUCAGUCUCUCGAGGGGCAGGUGCAGACACUGCUCUCCCUCGAAGACGACGAAGAAGACCUUGACUCCGCUAUGGCACGCUACGCUGCCCAGAUUGACAAGCAGUUCCACGAAGGGACGCUUGCGCGUCGCGGCCGCUCAUCCAGGAAACUCAAGCCGAGGCCGGUCAACUGGGAUUCGGAUAUGGACGGCGAGUGGGAGGACCAGCCUGGCGCCUGGGAGAAGGAUGAUGAGGACGAUACCCCUGCGCCUGCCCCAGCUGCAGCGGCGAGGCGGAGAGGAAGGGUCGCGAGCCCAAUUGUGGAGGAUGACGAUGAUCCAUUUAAUACCCCAGCCCCUGCGCCUGCUCCCGCAAAGCGAGCCCCAGCUAAGCGCGCCGCGCCUGCUGCUCGUAAACCUGCAGCGCCAAAGAAGACGCCUGCGCCGAAGAAGGCACCUGCGAAGUCGAAGGUCAACACAGGGAUGUUCGUUGACGAUGAUGACGAUGAAGAUAUAGUAAUGCUCGACGAGGCGCCAGUUCCGAAAAGUCAACCAAAGAGGGCUGCUUCGACGAGAGCUAAACCCUCGACGCAGUCACAGCUGAAUUUCAGCCAAAUGGGAAGCCAGGUUGGUGGGAGGGGAAAGGGGAAGGCAAAGGCAGAGUUGAGUGAUGAUGAGAUUAGCGAUGAUGAUGAUGCUUUCGAGCCGGUUGCUAGCACGCGGUCGUCAAGGCGGAGAUAGAGACGACUUAACGAAUUUAUGGGGGGCGUUUUUUAGUGGGAUCAGGGAAGCUGAUAGGAAAUCUGGCUACGUAGGCGUCGAUAGGGCUCAUUAGAUCACAUACCAAUCAAUACCCGAAUUUUAUUCGAUGUCCUAUAUUUUUAUGGCACUACUGAGUUACUCUGCUCUCUAGGUCUCAUUAUAACACCUAAAGACCGAACAUUCAUUGUCAGGGCCUAAUCCGACGACUUCCUGCGAUAGAACCUAUCGGGCGCGGAGUCACUAAUUGUUACCCCUAAGGCUUGUCUUCAAAGGAACCGGUUUUCCGUCCACAUCACGAGGUUCAAAAUCCAGCGCCAUGUAUCCAAACUCCGCAACGUCCUGACCGCACUUCUCAGUGACCCAGUGCGCAAACAUAUCCAUCCCAGCAACUGCCCCGCCUGCCGUCCAGAAUUUCCCGUCCACAACCCACUGCUUCGAUGACCAGUUAACGUCCGGCUUCAGCUCCUUGGCCUUUGCCAGAUACUGAUGAUUCAUUGUCGCCGUUCGGCCAUCGAGAAUACCAACCGUGGCGGCAACCAUUCCACCAGUGCAUGUUGUGAACAGGCCCUGGAGUCCAUCUACUCGUUCUCGAAUGAAGUUUGCAAAGACGUCCGGUACGUUAAGGAAGAAUUCGGGAUGCGGUCCGCCAAUGAGGAGGUAAUCGAGCUUGGGACAUGUCGCGCAGGUGGUGGUUGGCUUAAUUGUACAAUUUGCCGUUCCAGCUAGCCCAUCCAUAGUGUCCCCGAUAUAAUGGAAUUCAAUAUCAAGGCCACGGUCGGCGAAUUCCAGUGUCUCCCCAAUGGCCUCUCCGCUUCCCUUGAGGUAGGGGAUUGAGGAAGAUGAGAGAAUAUCGACUGGUCCAAUGACGUCUAGAAUCUGGAAAGGAAUCAAAAGAAUCCCGAAUUGGAUGGGCGCCAUUUUGGAUAAAUCGGAAUCGAAAGUGUUAAUCGUAAGAAUGGGGUUUCUUCGUCAACGAAGUGAUUAUAGAGUAGGAUAUGGCAUGAUAAAUUUGAUAAAUCGCGGAACCCAGAUCGCGGAUCGCGGAGGAAUCUCACUGCCAAAUCGCGGGGUCGCGGGUUGUGGGUCGAGCGCCACAGCCGGCGCGGAAGAAACUCAACUUCUCUAGCUUAUUGAUAGGCUAUAAUACGAAAAUUAUAGCCCUGGGUGAUCGAGAGCCUUCAUUUUAGUCAUAGUUACUAUAAUCGCUGGCGGUCAUCACCGUCCCUGCUCCGACCUUCGGCACGUGGAGGUUUAAUAGAAAG